AUGGCUUCAGCCCUCUCAGUGGGUGCGGCGGCCUAUCUCAAUGCCAAACUUUCCAUUUCUACCGACAUAUCGACGAUAUACAAUGAUCGGGCUUUUACGAAGCGUCUCGGCCAGCGAAUUGCGGAGCUGGGUGACACAACCACGAUCUACAAGAUGCUUGAAAGAGUCAUCGAAGUCGAAGGUCAUGGCUCAAGAGAAGCGCUCUGGUUUGAGAACAAGACAUGGACAUAUAGCCAAUUGAAGGACCUUGUGGAUCGAUUUGCUACGGUUCUCCAUGGACGAAACAUUAUAUCAGGAGACUUCGUUGGUGUUUUCACCACUAAUUCUAUAGAAAUGGUCGUGACGAUUUAUGCACUUUCGAAGCUGGGCUGUGUCGCUGCACUUAUAAAUACGAACCUGAGAGAUGACACAUUCAUUCACUGCCUCAAUGUCUCUGGCUCCAAGUUUAUCAUCUCGACACCUGAUUUAUCACAGUUUGUCUGCUCUGAUUUGCCUCAUAUUGCGCUGAAUAUAUCGUCCUUCGACGGCGACUCUGCGGGAAUGACAGAACUUAUCACAGCCGCGCAAUUGCAACAGCUCAUCCCCCUUGGCUUGAUUCCUGCUAAGAGGUCGCCCAGCGAUUUGUGCGCCUUGAUCUACACUUCUGGAACUACCGGGAAACCCAAAGCAUGUGCAAUUCGAAACAUGAUGACGCUCGUGACAUCUAAUCCGCUCACGGCGGACGCGAACAAUCCAUCGAAGUAUUUCCCACUGCGCACAUAUUCUCCCCUUCCUCUUUUCCACGGCACCGCUUUCUUCACGGGUUUGUGUUACUCGGUUGGGAACGCGAGCACCUUGUGUUUGCGCCGCAAGUUCUCGGCUUCGCAGUUCUGGAAAGAUGUCCAUGAUUCAAGAGCCACGCGUAUCUUGUACAUUGGCGAGUUGUGCAGGUACCUUCUGUCAACACCGCCUUCGCCCUAUGACCAAGAUCAUUCUUGCAUUGUGGCUAGUGGGAACGGACUCCGUGGGGAAAUCUGGGAGCGCUUCCGUCAAAGGUUUGCGGUCCCUGAGAUCCGUGAGUUCUACCGAUCAACCGAGGGCGUGGCCAAAUUCGAUAACCAUGGUGUCGGAGCAUGGGGUGCAGGGAAAAUUGGAUUUUCUGGCCCGAUCAGACGGCUUUUUGAAGACGAUGUGUUCAUUGUGAAAUAUGAUACUGAGACAGAAAUGCCCUACCGGGACCCAAGGACAGGCUUCUGCAUCAGGGCGAAGCUUGGCGAGGAAGGCGAGGCAAUUGGGCGGGUCAGAAAUCGCGGGCUACUCACUGAGUAUCUCCACAACGAAGAUGCCACCGAAAAGAAGCUUAUUCGGGACGUGUUCGAGAAAGGCGACAUCUUCCAACGUACAGGUGACCUUGUGGUUCAGGACGGAGACGGUUGGGUCAAGUUCCAGGACCGGGUAGGAGACACCUUCCGCUGGAAAGGCGAGAACGUCAGUGCAGGAGAAGUCCGAGACCACAUUUGCCGAAUCCCUUCCGUUCAUGAUGCCGUCGUCUACGGUGUGAAGCUCCAGGGGUAUGAUGGACAAGCUGGCGCUGCGGGAGUCACUCUUGAGGAUUCUUCCGCAGCCGUGGAGUCUGAAUUUAUGUCGAACUUGUACCGUGAGCUGAAGAAGAAGGGUGUGCCAUCGUACGCUCUGCCACGGCUUGUCCGACUCACUGAGAAGGUUGCUACUGGCGUCACUUUCAAGCAAGCUAAGGGUGAUUUGGCCAAGAAGGGAUGGGAUCCACGAGGGGACUGGAAAGGCGAUAAGUUGUAUUGGCUGAACGGGAAGACAUACGAGAAGCUUGACGACCGAAGCUGGUCUUCGAUCGAAAGUGGACAGGCGAAGCUGUGA